GCCCGACCAAUCGGACUCUCCGCCUGGAUUCUACCGGAGCCGGCAUGGGCCCUUCCUCGCACCAGCAGCAGGAGUCCCCGCUCCCGACCAUAACGCAUUGCGCAGGGUGCACCACCGCCUGGUCUCCCUGCAGCUUUAACAGCCCUGACAUGGAAACCCCAUUGCAGUUCCAGCGCGGCUUCUUCUCAGAGCAGCCGCCGCCGCCGCGCUCCUCACACCUGCAUUGCCAGCAGCAGCAACAGAGCCAGGACAAGCCGUGCCCGCCCUUCGCGUCCCUCCCGCACCCUCAGCACCACCCGCACCUCGCGCACCAGCAGCCGGGCAGCGGCGGCAGCAGCCCAUGCCUCCGGUGCAACAGCUGCGCCUCCUCCGGUGCCCCGGCGGCGGGGGCGGGGGCGGGGGAUAACCUGUCCCUGCUGCUCCGCACCUCCUCGCCCGGCGGCGCCUUCCGGACCCGCACCUCCUCGCCGCUGUCGGGCUCGUCGUGCUGCUGCUGCUGCUCGUCGCGCCGGGGCAGCCAGCUCAAUGUGAGCGAGCUGACGCCGUCCAGCCAUGCCAGUGCGCUCCGGCAGCAGUACACGCAGCAGCCGGCAUCCGCCUCCCAGUACCACCAGUGCCACAGCCUGCAGCCCGCCGCCAGCCCCACGGGCAGCCUCGGCAGCCUGGGCUCCGGGCCCCCGCUCUCUCACCACCACCACCACCCGCACCCGGCGCACCACCAGCACCACCAGCCCCAGGCGCGCCGUGAGAGCAACCCCUUCACCGAAAUAGCCAUGAGCAGCUGCAGGUACAACGGGGGCGUCAUGCGGCCGCUCAGCAACUUGAGCGCGUCCCGCCGGAACCUGCACGAAAUGGACUCGGAGGCGCAGCCCUUACAGCCCCCCGCGCCCGUCGGAGGAGGUGGCUGCGCGUCCUCCCCGUCUGCAGCGGCCGCCGCCGCCGCCGCCGCUUCGUCCUCAGCCCCGGAGAUCGUGGUGUCUAAGCCGGAGCACAACAACUCCAAUAACCUGGCGCUCUACGGAGCCGGUGGCGGUGGCAGCGGCAGCGCUGGAGGCGGCGGUGGCGGCGGCGGCGGCGGCAGCGGGCAUGGCAGCAGCAGUGGCACCAAAUCCAGCAAAAAGAAGAACCAGAAUAUCGGCUACAAGCUGGGCCACCGGCGCGCCCUGUUCGAGAAGCGCAAGCGGCUCAGCGACUACGCGCUCAUCUUCGGCAUGUUCGGCAUCGUGGUCAUGGUCAUCGAGACCGAGCUGUCAUGGGGCGCCUACGACAAGGCGUCACUGUAUUCCUUAGCUCUGAAAUGCCUUAUCAGUCUCUCCACAAUCAUCCUGCUCGGGCUGAUCAUCGUGUACCACGCCAGGGAAAUACAGUUGUUCAUGGUGGACAAUGGAGCAGAUGACUGGAGAAUAGCCAUGACUUAUGAGCGUAUUUUCUUCAUCUGCUUGGAAAUACUGGUGUGUGCUAUUCAUCCCAUACCUGGGAAUUAUACGUUCACAUGGACGGCCCGGCUUGCCUUCUCCUAUGCCCCAUCCACAACCACCGCUGAUGUGGACAUUAUUUUAUCUAUACCAAUGUUCUUAAGACUCUAUCUGAUUGCCAGAGUCAUGCUUUUACAUAGCAAACUUUUCACUGAUGCCUCCUCUAGAAGCAUUGGAGCACUUAAUAAGAUAAACUUCAAUACACGUUUUGUUAUGAAGACUUUAAUGACUAUAUGUCCAGGAACUGUACUCUUGGUUUUUAGUAUCUCCUUAUGGAUAAUUGCCGCAUGGACUGUCCGAGCUUGUGAAAGGUACCAUGAUCAACAGGAUGUUACUAGCAACUUCCUCGGAGCGAUGUGGUUGAUAUCAAUAACUUUUCUCUCCAUUGGUUAUGGUGACAUGGUACCUAACACAUACUGUGGGAAAGGAGUCUGUUUGCUUACUGGAAUUAUGGGUGCUGGUUGCACAGCCCUGGUGGUAGCUGUCGUGGCAAGGAAGCUAGAACUUACCAAAGCAGAAAAACACGUGCACAACUUCAUGAUGGAUACUCAGCUGACUAAAAGGGUGAAAAACGCAGCUGCCAAUGUACUCAGGGAAACAUGGCUAAUUUACAAAAAUACAAAGCUAGUAAAAAAGAUAGAUCAUGCAAAAGUAAGAAAACAUCAACGAAAAUUCUUGCAAGCUAUUCAUCAAUUAAGAAGUGUAAAAAUGGAGCAGAGGAAACUGAAUGACCAAGCCAACACCUUGGUGGACCUAGCAAAGACCCAGAACAUCAUGUAUGACAUGAUUUCCGACCUAAAUGAGCGGAGCGAAGACUUUGAGAAGAGGAUUGUUACCGUGGAAACGAAACUGGAGACUUUGAUUGGCAGCAUCCACGCCCUUCCUGGGCUCAUCAGCCAGACCAUCAGACAGCAGCAGAGAGAUGUCCUGGAGGCUCAGAUGGAGAACUACGACAAGCAUGUCACCUACAACGCCGAGCGGUCCCGAUCCUCGUCCAGGAGACGGCGGUCCUCCUCCACAGCGCCACCAACUUCAUCAGAGAGUAGCUAGAAGAGAAUCAGUUAACCACAAACUAAGACUUUUUGCCAUCAUAUGGUCAAUAUUUUAGCUUUUAUUGUAAAGCCCCUAUGGUUCUAAUCAGCGUUAUCCGGGUUCUGAUGUCAGAAUCCUGGGAACCUGACACUAAGUUUUAGGCCAAAAUGAGUGAAAACUCUUUUUUCUUUUCCUUUCAGAUGCACAAGGAAUGCACCUAUUAUCGCUCUAUAGAUUGUUCCUCCUGUAAUUUCACUAACUUUUUAUUCAUGCACUUCAAACUUUACUACUACAUUAUAUGAUAUAUAAUAAAAAAAAAAGUUAAUUUCUGCA